AUGAGAGGUACGACUCAGUUCUACUCUGCCACCGACAUGUCUACCGACCUCGCUGUCAUGCCUACUGACACUCCCACUGACACUGCAACUCGUCCAAAGCUUUCACGACGACAGCCUCGGGCGCACCCGCCCUAUACGAAGAUGGUGCAGAAGGCAAUCGCCGAAUUGAAUGAGAAGUCCGGAUCGUCCAAAAGCGCCAUCGUACGAUAUCUCGUUCAAAACUACCAACUCGGAGACAACGUUAGCAAGGUUCGUUCUGUCUUCCCUGAUUGGAGAUGGUGGGGCAGUUAG